CGCCUGUUCCACACCCACAACAACCGCGUAACAGCUGAUUGCCAUGGGCGUACGCUCCUUUUCCAUUGGAUACUCUUACAAAAUAAGGAAGAGUGAGUGCAUAGCUAAUGCGGCCUAUUUCAGCAAUGUCUCUUGUGUUUUGAAGCCAAUAAACUGGACUCGAUCGGUAAUGAACAUGGAUUGUGACAUUAAAGACAUCUUAACUGACAUCAAAAUGACAGUAGAAGUCUUCUAUAAAGAUUCUUCAAAUCUUUAUAAACCCUUUGCCGUCAAAUUUAGCUUUGAUAUUUGCCAACUUUUAAAAAAUAAAACAAAACGAUUUUUGCUGGAAAAAUACGCUAUGAAUCAUUUAGAGAAAUGGACUAAUGUGAAUCACAGUUGCCCGUUCACGGGCCAUUUGUUUGCACGCGAGUUCCAUUUGGAUGAGGUGUCUUUGCCGACUCUGCCUUUCCAGGAUUACAAAAUUGCAUUUAAUUUUUCAGGUGACAAGCCAUCGAAACACUUGGGUUUGGUUUUUAUUUACUUCGAAGUGCUGCAGGAUUAUUACAAGAACAAACGGACUAAACCACGUCCAAAGUAAACUGAUAUUGUUGAAAAUUUGUUGUAUAACUUUCAAUCUCCUUUUUACUUUCAUAAUAUCUUGUUAUUGUAUUAUGAUAUAAAUAGUCGGGGGAGUCACCGAAAUA